GCAGGUUUUGCGCUGGAUAAACUGACGGAGAUGUUAGCAGAGAGAUAUCCAGGAGCCUACAAAAGCUUGAGAGAGGAUAGGUAUGUGGAUGAUAUAUUAUCUGGAGAGAAUUCCAAGCAGAGAAGAGAAGAACAGAUAGAAGGGGUGCAAGAAGUUCUGAAGAGAGGAGGGUUUUCUUUAAAGUUUAUCGUAAGGAGAGGAGAAAAACCAUCAGAGAAGGCAAGUACGGAUGGAGAAACCAUGAAAUUACUUGGGUACAAGUGGGACCCGGAGAAGGAUGAACUGUCGCCAGGGAUCGGAGAACUGAACCUGAACAAGAAACUUAGAGGAGAACGUAAACCAAACCCAGAACCAGUCAAGACUAGAUUAGAUGCAGAGAAACUACUGAGUGGAGUCAAACUAACCAGGAGCCUGAUAGUCGGAAAGAUUUCGGAAUUAUUUGAUCCAUGUGGUUUUUUUGAACCAAUAAAACUCCAAAUGAAGCUGCAAACAAGUUCAUUGAAAGGGAAAGAAUGGGAUGAGGUCCUCCCAGCUGAAGAUCAAGAGAAAUGGAGAGAGAUUCUCAAGAGUUAUGUCAACCUACCUGAGAUAAUGAUACCAAGAUUCUGUUUACCAAGUAAAAGAGAUGAGAAGUCCAGAAUUCGACUGAUUUGUUUAGCAGAUGCAGCGGAAUUUGCAGGGGGUGCGGCUGUGUAUGCUGGGAUGGAAACCAGCCCAGGCAUUUGGUCGUGUUCUCUCCUAGCCGCUAAAUCAAAACUAAUGAAGGAAACCAUCCCCAGGAACGAGUUAUCAGCGAUAUUACUGUGCGCAGAAUUGGCUUUCAUGGUUAAAUCUUCUCUGGGAUCGGAGGUAGGAGAGGUGAUUUAUUUAACUGAUUCAACAAUUGCCCUGAGCUGGUGCAGUAGUGAAACCAUCAAGUUGAGGCUAUUUGUGUACAAAAGAGUCAUGACGAUACUACGGUUAUUAGAAUGGACUACCGGAACAACGGAAGAAGUUUUAUUUCAUGUAGAUGGAUCCCAGAACCUGGCAGAUUUACUGACAAAGGAGCAUGAUAUAGGGAUAGAAACAGUUUCCAAAGGAUCAUACUGGAUUGAAGGAUUACCUUGGAUGAGGAAGGACAAAAGGAGAUGCCUAUAACUUCAUACAAGAAACUCAAACUAGACAAGAAGACAGCGGAUAAUGUUCAACAAGAGUGCUUUCCAGAAUCAUUUUUGAAGGAAUUCUCUACAAACUCGGAAGAAAUCCAGGAAGAACUCCAGGAUGUUGAUGAACCACCUCUUGCUCUUGCAGCCUUGGCGGCCAGGGCGGGGAGGGGUGUAGCAGAGCUACUAGUAGAUCCUGUAUUUCACGGUUGGAUGAAAGCUCUGAGGAUAACAGGGUAUAUGCAAGGA